UUUGGGAAGUUAACGUUUGUUUACGCGAAACAUUUCGAAGUCAUGUCUGACGAGGAAAAUAUAGACGUUGAAUCGGACGAGGAAGCGACAGAAGACCAACAACCGACCCAAUUUUUAACACAGGCAGACAAACGAGCACACCACAAUGCGUUGGAAAGAAAGAGACGAGAUCAUAUAAAAGACAGCUUUUGUCAUCUUCGAGAUUCUGUUCCUUCCCUUCACGGGGAAAAGGCAUCAAGAGCGCAAAUUCUGAACAAGGCAACAGACUACAUCAAUUACAUGAGAAGAAAAAACCACUCUCAUCAGACAGACAUUGAAGAUCUCAAGCAACAAAAUGUCAUGCUUGACCAACAAAUCCAUAACAUGGAAAAACAAACAAACAGCGGCCUUUUCAAUACAGACACAGCUACGGCAUUGAUUUCGACAACAGACACCUUGUUGAGCACAUCUCCACUCCCCAGUGAUUCCCUACUUGAACAGGAACACGAUUCCAACACACUCGUAGACCCUUUUGUAAAUAUUGAUGGCGUUGAUGGUCCCCAAAAUGCAGGAGAAUACACAACACCAAGGAAUGUUAUGGAUGACAGCUACAGGAUAUGAUUACUAUUUAUUUUUUCUUGGAAAUUGCACCAAUGUAAUAUAAGAUGUCAU